CUCAUCUGAUUGGCUGCUUCGAAAUAGUCACAAAAUUCGAACAAGGCGAUAGCUCCAAAGAAAACAAACCACUGGCAAAAUGCCUCUUUACAAGAAACCCGAAAAAGAAAAGAAUCAAAACAUUCAAGUUGCAGUUCGAUGUCGACCAAUCAAUGGCAUAGAGAAGAAACAGGGAUCGUAUGCAGUAGUAGAUACAAAUGGAGAUAAGAAAGAAGUGACAGUCAAAGAAAGACUAGGAGUCAGCACACACACAAAGACCUUCACCUUCGACCAUGUGUUUCCCCCACAUUGCAAGCAGCUGGAUGUCUACCACAGCAUUGUCACGCCCAUUGUUGACGAGGUCCUCCAGGGAUACAACUGUACAGUCUUCGCAUAUGGCCAAACAGGCACAGGUAAGACCUUUACAAUGGAAGGUGAUCGCAGCGAUGACCCCAACAUCUCCUGGGAAGAUGACCCACUGGCUGGAAUCAUCCCAAGAACCAUGUACCAUAUAUUUGAGAAGCUGCAGAAUCAGGAGGUCGAGUUCUCAGUGAGAGUGUCCUUCCUAGAACUGUACAAUGAGGAGCUGUUUGACCUGUUGGGAUCAUCAGAAGAUCCUCUCCGCCUCCGCAUCUAUGAGGACAGCACAAAGAAGGGUUCUGUGAUUAUCUCAGGCCUAGAGGAUGUGGUUGUUCGCAAUAAAGAUGAGGUGUAUGCCAUCUUGGAGCGUGGAGCUUCCCGACGUCAGACUGCCGCCACACUGAUGAAUGCUACAUCCAGUCGCUCCCACUCAGUCUUCUCUGUGACGAUCCACAUCAAGGAGAACACGGUAGAGGGGGAAGAACUCCUCAAGACAGGCAAGCUGUACCUGGUUGACUUGGCCGGGAGUGAGAACAUUGGCAGAUCGGGAGCAGUUGACAAGCGUGCUCGGGAAGCUGGUAACAUCAACCAGAGUCUGCUGACACUAGGCCGUGUUAUCACCGCACUGGUGGAACAUGCCCCCCAUGUACCUUACAGAGAGAGUAAGCUGACUCGCCUCCUACAAGAUUCUCUCGGAGGUCGAACCAAGACAUCUAUCAUUGCCACCAUUUCCCCAGCCUCUUGUAACCUUGAGGAAACGUUGAGCACCUUGGACUACGCUCAUCGUGCCAAGAACAUCACUAACAGACCAGAGGUCAACCAGAAACUGACCAAGAAGGCUCUUCUCAAGGAGUAUAAUGAGGAGAUAGAACGUCUACGUCGUGAUCUGCAGGCAGUGAGAGAGAAGAAUGGAAUCUACCUGGCCGAAGAGAACUAUGUUGCUAUGCAGAAUAAAAUCAGUCAGCAGGAAGACUCUAUCCAGGAGUUUGAGGAGAAAAUCACAGCCCUCACAGAAGAGAUGACUUCGUUGUCGGAGCUGUUCACGGACACGAAGAAGGAGUUGGAGGAGACAUCGGAGCAGCUGACUGUGACCACCAAGAACCUGGAGGAGACGACAGUAACACUGCAGGAGACCCAGGUGAACCUGAAACACACGACCCAGGACCGCGACGAGCAACAGUUCCUGGUGGGGGAACAUGUGAAGACAGAGGACCUGCUGUACACCGAGGCCACUGAGCUGUUGAGCACAGCUGAGUCAUCAACAUCCGAUGUGAGUGGUCUCCAUGCCAAGUUGGACAGGAAGCGGGCAGUAGAGGCCCACAAUGAGGAGAGCCAGGUGACCUUCCAGGAACGGUUCCGAAAUGACAUCAGCAACAUGCGCAACUCAGUCAACACCUACCUCUCCCAACAGGACUCCUUCAAGACCAAUGCACUCGGCAACAUAGAAACAAUGUUGAGCCGUGGCAAAUCACAGGCAGACAGUUUGACAUCGCAGAUGACCGGUCUGGUGUCCCUACUUGGUACCCAUGUAAAGACAGUUGACGCCCAUACACAGCAGGGACACGAGGACAGUCUCAGCACCCUCUCCCACAUCCAGGAGGCCGUACAGUCCACCAAGAGUUCGGAGGUGUCAGCUCUGGACUCCCUGACUCAGACUGUGGUUGUUUCCUCGCUCACCGAGCUGCAGAACAACAUGAAGCAACUCAGCUCAUCUCUCAGCUCUUUGGCGGAGUAUGUGCAGCAGCAGCGAGAGAGUCAGACUGCCCUAAUCAAGGCUCACACACAGAAGCUCCACACAGACUUGAGUGCUAUCACAGACACUGUGAGGAGUUAUGAGAAAAGCCAGCAUGAGAAGAUUGUGACACUACAAACACAAUCCCAGGAGAAUGUGGCCACUCAUGGCACUCUACAGAAGAGCAUAGAGGAGAAACUGAAGGAACUGACUGACCUGAUACACAACAAACACUCACAUGUUGCCCAGUACAAUACACAGGUGACGGAAGCACUGGGAAACAGACAGGAAGAUGUGACACAGCUGUCCUCUAGCAUACAGAGUGCUGUAGACAGUGCUACCACUGACUCCUCCACCAGUUCAGACAACCUACAGAGUCAGCUGCUCAGCUGUGAGAAGUCAACAUGGGAACAGAUCGACAAGAUGUGUUCUAAUCUUGAAGACAAUGAGAAGAAAGUGGGGAAACUUCAGACAGACAUCACAGACAACCUGAAGCAGAGAUGUCAGGCCUGGGAAGACCACAGCCGUGAGACAACAACAACAUUAGACAAGCACAGAACAACACUGCAGGACAACCUGAAACAACAUCUCAACAACACACAGUCCCUGGCUGCAUCAGUGUCGGAGGUGUCAAGUCAGGUGUCUACAUGUGUCGGGGAGAAUCUAGAGAUGGAGGUGUCCGAGCUGGGUCAGCAGAGGAAGUGUGUGGAUGAGCAGCAUGCAGGGACCACGACGUUCAGUCAGACCCACACAGAGGAGCUGCAGGCUAGGCUGGGUGACGUGGACAAGUUCAUGGCAGAGGAACUCCACAAAGACAUUCCUACAGGUCAAACCCCCCAGAGGCGAGACUUCAGCUACCCCCGGGCCCUCAGUAAGACUGACCCCCACGAUGCCUUGCUGAAAGAGUUCCGGGACCAUCAACAGGCUGACCCCCUUGCAGUCAGUCUGUCAGAUGCCCUUGAAGCUGCAGAGGUGGACGACAAGAUGGUCAGUUCACCAGAACCUGAGGAUGUGAAGGACAUAUCUGACAGCCUCAGUGACGCCGGCAGUGACGUCUCCACCAACUCCAACACAUCCGGCAUCUCCACACUCAGUGACAAGAGUCGGGUUUCCAACAAGGAAAACAAGCAACGGAUGAAGCCACCAAGUUCAUCCAGAGUGAAGAAGAACAUAACGACACGGACCCCAAAUAAAACUCUCACCCCCCAGAACAAGACCAAACUGCCCCUGCGGCAGGGCAACACUCCUCUCUCAUAAAUACAAAACACAUUCUAUAAUCAUAAUAUUUAAAACCUUCAUAUAAUCUUUGUUGGACUUGACUGCAUAUAGUCUAAUCCGCAAGUGAUGUGCACACAGUGUAGCUGUGACCUUAAACUACAGCUCUAGCUAUUACCCUGAACUAAAUCAUACACAGCACAGUGGUUAAAGCGUUCGCUCGUCACGCUGAAGAUCCGGGUUCGAAUCCCCACAUGGGUACAAUGUGUGAAACCCAUUUCUAGUG